UGCUUGUAAAACAUGCAAAAAUUGAUGGUGACACGAGCCAGACCCAAGACACGUUACGUGCAGUGCUGAAAAUGUUGAUGUUCUGCCCAACAUGUGCCAAUGUACUCGUUGUCGAAGAGGGGCCAAACUGCUACAGAUUCGCUUGUAACACAUGUCCAUUUAUUCACAAUAUUACGAGAAAGAUCUCCAGCAAAAAGUUUCCUCGUUUGAAGGAAGUAGAUGAUGUCCUGGGUGGAGCAGCAGCUUGGGAGAAUGUGGAUUCUACAGAAGAAAAAUGUCCCAAAUGUGAACAUCCGAGGGCUUACUUCAUGCAGAUUCAGACGCGCUCUGCCGACGAGCCAAUGACCACCUUCUACAAAUGUUGUAGCCCAGACUGUGGGCACAGGUGGCGGGAUUGAGUGCAUCGUUUGUCUUUUGAAACUGUGUGUUUAGUUUUCUUUUAUGGGUGCAUAUAUUGUAACUUACAAAUGUAGGGAUGCCAGAUCAGAAAAUUCUUGCACAAUUGGGUGACUACCUACCAGAAGAGCCUUGUCUAUGGGCUGGUUGCUACAUGUAGGUGUGAAUUCAAGACUUCUAAGUAAUACGACAUGGUCUUCAAGGAAAGAAUUUGUAGAAUGGGGGACUGUAUGUAAAAAGACAUUCAAUUUAAAUGCUUGCUGAACAUGCUGAAAUGUGCAUUAAAAUCAGUACUCAUUGAAACCACACCAUCAUUUCUACUUGUAUACUACAAUCAUUUUCAUUCUAAAAAGAAACCUUACAAACUUAAUGCCUUCUUAAGACUUAAAGGUUUUCAUGGUGAAAGAACUAUAUGAGGGAAAAAAAACAACAAAACAAAAAAACCAAAACGAUUGCGGUUACACCAUGGAUCAAUCUCUUUCUUGAGUAUGUGUGGUUCUGAGAAGAACCAGGGAAUAACUCCACGGUUCAAACAGUGUACAUGGUGUAAUGCCUUCUUGGCUGAUUAUAUUGAUGACGAACGGCUUCAUUCAAAUCUUAUUCCAGGUAAACAUAACUUAAAUGUUGAUAAACGGAUUCUUCCAAUUACCCCAGAUAGCAUUUAUUUGUCGGUAAAUCAUCUUAUGAGACAGACAUGAUCUUAUUUAAUAGUCUCCGGAAUCCAGCCGCCGGCAAACAAAACUAUUGAUCAGAUGACUAAUCACUACUCGCCUGACUGAUAAUUGACGAAUGGAUGUAGGUCUGCCUGUGAAAGUUUGUGGGUUUUUUUUUUUUUUUUGGUUGCUUCGCUGAAGAAUGCAGCGUCAUGUUUUGAAGAUUUAUAUGAAGCAAACGUUGAGACAGAUAAAUAUGUGCACGUAUCUGAGGAGUAUUUUGAAUGGUGGUAUGUGCCAUAAAAAACACAAGAUAGACAUGAACACCUGUGUGAUACUCAUGAAUAAACAACAGAAAUUGCGCAUCUAGUUGGCAAACAUGUAACAGAAAUAGAUGCAGGUUGAAAUUCCAGGGCCUUGUGGAUACCUCAUGCCCAUAGAUUUAACCGAGCUUCAUUCUGUUUGCCCGUCAUCAAAUUUGGCGAGAAUGGACUUGCUUUGGAAGAAAAAGUCCUUGUGAGCGGCUUGAUGAUUGGUAGUAGGCUUAUUAGCUUUAAAUUGGGAGAAUACGGUCGUUUCACAAUAGUGCGCCUCCAAGAGUUUGCAAUGCGUUGACUAAUCACAGUGCGCGAAAUCUGUCUCCCGAA